UGGCAUGCCGGUGGCACGGUCAGCUGCCGUGAGCCUCGUCGUGCUCGUCGCCGCCGUCGCAGAUGCAGUCGUCUGGAGCCACGGAAGGUUCCCGCUUCCGGCGCCUCUCUUGCCGCAGGUGGCGUCGCCGGCUCGCAUUGGCAUCGUCGAGACGCUGCCGAUCGGGAGCUUCGACCUCGCUCCGCUGCCAGGCAGCAAGUCGACGGCAGAAGGGCUCGCAGCCCUCUUCGAUGCGGCGACAGAGACGAUCGAUAUCCUUGCCAUGUACUGGAACCUCGAGGGCGUCGACGACCACAAGAUCUACUCGGACGACGAGCUGCAAGCGUUUGGCGCUCGCCAUGGUCACGCUGUGUACGCCGCCUUGCGCCACGCCGUCGAGCGCAAUGUCUCGGUUCGCGUCGUGGGCUCCAAGAGCGAUCAGUUCCAGCCGACCGAAAUCGAGUCGUUUGUCCCGAACAUUCGUCUCUGGGACGCUGUGCAUUGGUACGGCGGCGGCAUCAUGCACCAGAAGAUGGUGCUCGUCGACAAGCAGCACGCGUACUUGGGGAGCGCCAACAUGGACUGGAAGUCGCUCGCGCAGGUCAUGGAGGUCGGCGUCGUGCUGGAGGCCGCGCCAGCGAUCGUCGAUGACAUGCAGCGCCUCUUUGAGCUCUGGUGGGCGUGGAGCGACCCUGCCCUCGUCGCUCGAUAUGCCCCCAUCGACGUCUUUUCCGACAAGUUCCAGGUCACGCUGCGCCUGCCUCCGUGGUCCGACGACGUGCCCGAGGCGUCUCGCGUGCCGAGUCCAUUUACGGAUGCGAGCAUGAGCUCCAUCUUCAACAAGGUCCACAAUUUGCACACGCUGCUCAACAACAAGCCAGCGGGCGUCUUUCUCUCGGCCUCACCGGACAGCGCCACGUCCGGGGCUCGAACCCGCGACGAAGACGCGCUCGUCUACACGCUGCAGUCGGCCAAGACCGCAGUGAGUCUCAGCGUCAUGGACUUUCUGCCCUUCGCCACGUAUCCCAUUGCGACGCACGCGUCCGGUUCGAUCCACUGGCCUGCGCUCACCGAUGCCAUUCUGAGCGUUGUCCUGGCCCGUAACGUCAGCGUGCGCCUGCUUGUGAGUCACUGGGCGCACUCGCGACCUGUCAUGGUGACAGCACUCCGGCAGCUCCAAGCCCAAGCCGAUCUGCACCACAAGCGAGGGCUCGGGCGGGUUGAGAUUCGGCUGUUCGAGGUGCCGGGUUAUAACGAGACGGUGCCGGCGCCAGGGCGGUUCCCGCCGUUCAGUCGCGUGAACCACGCCAAGUUUAUUGUCUCGGACUCGCGCGUCAACAUUGGCACGAGCAACAUGGAGUGGGGUUACUUUUACAACACGGCGGGUGCGAGCUUCAAUACAAACCACCCGGACGCGAUCGCCGCCGUCCAAGCCAUCUUUGACCGCAACUGGGCCUCGGCGUACGCCCGUCCGCUUGCUUAACGUCGCAACCGACUAUGGAAUGACACGUAAU